GCAAGGCUAAAACUAGCAUUAGCUACAAAAGUAACUCAUGGUUGGUGGCGAGCUAAUGAUAAGAUGCUUUGCCUGUAGAAUACGCAGUGCAGAAUGCUCGGUGAAGAUUUUUUGGGGUUGCAAAAGUGACCAGGAAAGUUAAAAACGGUCCUACAAACUAGGGGGUCACAACAGCGCGAGUUACGCCCUGUUUUGGGGUUUAGUCAGCUGUCAAGGUUCCGGUUGUAUGUCUUUCAACGCUCUUGCUUUACAGUCGACUGGGAGAAUAUUAUGUCCUAAAGAAUUUACGGUUCUUUUUACUAUGCCCAAUAUUGACCAAGCAAUCCAUGAACGGCGUCGCUGCGCCAUGGCUGCCGUUUCCUGGAAAGAGGCGCUGCUUCUUACUGUUCUGGUGGUGGCGUGCUAUUGGAACAGCCUGUCGUGCGGCUUCGUGUUUGACGAUGUCUCGGCCAUCCUCGACAACAAGGACCUGCGGCCUGCCACGCCGUUGAAGAAUCUCUUCCUCAACGACUUUUGGGGUACACCUAUGUCAGAGGAACGCAGCCACAAGUCCUACCGGCCGCUAACCGUGCUCACCUUCCGCCUCAACUACCUGCUGAGCGAGCUGAACCCGGCCUCCUACCACCUGUUUAAUGUGAUCCUCCAUGCCGUCUCUUGCCUGAUCUUCUUGCGCGUGUGCCGCCUCUUUCUGGACUCCACGUCCGGCCUGGUGGCGGCGCUGCUCUUUGCCGUGCAUCCCAUCCACACAGAAGCCGUGACCGGUGUGGUUGGCAGAGCCGAACUCUUGUCGUCAAUCUUCCUCCUGGCUGCUUUCUUAGCCUACACCAAAUCGACCGCCUCUGACCACUCCAUAGUCUGGGCGCCCAUCGCUCUGACCGUCAUGCUGGUGGCGGCGGCGACGCUGUGCAAAGAGCAGGGAAUCACCGUGGUCGGCAUCUGCUGCGUCUACGAGGUGUUUGUGGCCCAACGGUUCACUUUACCGGCACUGCUGGACACACUGAAGCAGGCUUUGCAGGGCAAAGGCGCCUUCCCGUACGCCGUCCUCCAAAUGUUGCUGAAGCUCAUCGUGCUGGUCAUCAGCACGCUGCUGCUCGUCAUCGUGCGUGUGCAGGUCAUCCAGUCGCAGUUGCCCAACUUCACCAGGUUUGACAACCCGGCGGCCGUCAGCCCGACGCCAACCCGCCAGUUGACCUUCAACUACCUGCUGCCCGUCAACGCUUGGCUAUUGCUCAACCCGUCCGAGUUGUGCUGCGACUGGACCAUGGGCACCAUCCCCUUGGUGGAGUCGGCUCUGGACCGGCGCAACCUGGCCACGCUGCUUUUCUACGUCCUUCUGGGACUGCUGGCGUACCGCAGCAUCACCUGCUCGCGCGGCUCCGCGAAGACGGUCGUCAUGGCCUUGUCUUUGAUCGUCCUGCCCUUCAUUCCCGCCUCCAACCUGUUCUUCCCGGUGGGUUUUGUUGUGGCCGAGAGGGUCCUCUAUGUCCCCAGCAUGGGUUUCUGCGUGCUGGUUGCGCACGGAUUCAAGGUGCUCUCACACAAAGGGUACCUGAAGAAAAUUUCAUGGCUGAUGAUUGGCGUCCUGCUGACCACGCAUGCCGUCAAGACCUUCAACAGGAACUGGGACUGGGAGUCGGAAUAUACGCUGUUCACGUCUGCUCUGAAAGUGAACAAGAACAACGCCAAGCUGUGGAACAACGUCGGCCACGCGCUGGAGAACCAAAACGAUUACAGCAGAGCGCUGCGCUAUUUUCUGCAGGCCACCUACGUGCAGCCGGAUGACAUUGGCGCCCACAUGAACGUCGGGAGAACCUACAAGAACUUGAACAAGUCCAAAGAGGCCGAAGACGCCUAUUUAAUCGCCAAGUCCCUCAUGCCGCAGAUUAUCCCCGGUAAAAAAUACGCGACGCGGGUGGCCCCCAACCAUCUCAACGUGUACAUCAACUUGGCCAAUUUGAUUCGUUCGAAUGAGUCUCGACUGGAGGAAGCCGACCAGCUCUAUCGGCAGGCCAUCAGCAUGAGGCCCGACUUCAAGCAGGCGUACAUCAGCAGAGGGGAGUUGCUGUUACAAAUGAACAAGCUCACAGAGGCGCGCGACACGUACCUGCGCGCGCUGGAGCUGGACGGCGCCAACGCCGACCUGUGGUACAACCUGGCCAUUGUGCACAUCGAAAUGAAGGAGCCGUCAGAGGCGUUGCGCAAGUUCGAGCAGGCGCUGCAACUGAGCCCGCGCCACAAGCUGGCGCUCUUCAACUCAGCCCUCCUCAUGCAGGAGUCAGGCCAGCCUAAGUUCUGGCCCGAGGCCAACCGCCGCUUCCUAGCUUACGUGGAGGAGGAGCCGGACGACGCAAACGGCUACUUCAACUUGGGCAUGCUCGCCAUGGACGCGGAGGAGAACGCGACGGCCGAGCGCUGGAUGCACAAAGCCAUCGCGCUGCAGUCGGGCUUCCGCUCGGCGCUCUUCAACUUGGCGCUGCUCUAUUCGCAGUGGCAGCGCGAGCUGGACGCGCUGCCCGUGCUGGACGAGCUGUUGCGCCACCACCCGGAGCACAUCAAGGGCCUCAUCCUCAAAGGUGACAUCCUCAUGAAUCACAAAAAGGACACGGCCGGCGCCAAGGCCUGCUUCCAGCGCAUCCUCGAGAUGGACCCGGGCAACGUGCAGGGCAAGCACAACCUGUGCGUGGUCUACUUUGAGGAGGGAGACCUGCCGAAGGCCGAGCGCUGCCUGGAGGAGACGCUGGCGCUGGCCCCAAACACAGCGUACGUGCGGCGCCAUCUGGACAUCGUCAGGGGCAAGAUGGCGGCCAUGAGCGCGGCCGGCCAGCCCCUGGUGGAGGAAGACAAGCCAGCAACGGCGGAGGAGGAAAGGCGGAGUCCCCGCGUUGAGAAGAAUGCGUGGAAAUCCUCCGCAGAACCUGACCACUCGCAGCUGGAUCCGGGCCAGCCCGACACGCGGACUCAGUCCAAGUCCGCCGGGCUGGCGGGCAGCAUCGAGCAGAAGCGCGCUGCCGCCUUGAAAAGGCUGGAGGAGAUUGAACGCAUUUUAAGCGGAGAUUGACCACAAUUGUUUUUGCCUUUCUUUUUAAUUUUUUUUUUUUUUUUAAGAGCUCUGACUAUUUUUACACAGAACAUUUUUUUCAAAACGACUUUCUCCCCCUUAUUAUUCACCUUUAGGGGGGGAGGAUCGGAAGUGAGCACUGCUGCAAAUAGCAGUCGAUUCCCUCAAAUGCUUCCAUAAUGAGUUUGAAGCGCAAAUAUAAACGACAAUCCCACAACACUUAAACACCAUGUCAAAGUAGUGCAAAGCGAAGCGGCAAUUGACUCUACUUAAGAUUAAAAGGGAACCGUGGAACGUCGUUAAGGGGAAGUACAAGUUGAGGACCGCAAUGCUGAAGGGCCGCUUGUAAAUCACGGGAAAUUCAUCACGCGGUGCAGAUUUCGUUUCACGGCAAGUCGUUAAACUUCACUGCCGUGCUUAGCCCGCGUUUAAGAAAAAGGGAUCUUCUUUUUCCACCUCAUGAAGGUGUCAGUCAGUCAGCAUAGGCGGUCGGUCAAGAAGAAGCACAAGUUGUUUUUUUUUAACCUCUGGAUGUUUUGUUGCCACGUGACCCGUUUUCUGCACACACUCUUAAGUGGCAGCACAAUUCCAGGAAGUGACCACGAGGAUGAUGAAGGCCCCACCUCUGAAAUGGAGCAAAACAUCCUCGCCCUGGUCACCGCCCGCUAAUCUGUAUCGAUCUCCCGCCGCGUUUCCUGCCUUCCCGUCGUUGCCAUUAGCGCUAUUGUUGCUGCCCGUGCUAAGCUAAUCCCCCCCCUCCCCCCGUGCAAUACAAUGUGUGUGCGCAACACUGUCCGUUUAUUAGCAGCCCCCGAAAGUGUUCAGAAGAUUGUACAUUCAUUAUUUAUUAUGUUUUUGGUAUGCAAACUAACUGCAUCACUUGCGUGUCAUCACUGUCGUCGCUGUUCAAACGGUACUAUUAUUUUCUGCCUUGCCAAGUGACUUGUUUUAUUUUUUUUUAAAUUUCAAAUUCUUUUUGUGAUUCAUUUCCAUUGGUGGUGGUUGAAUAAAAUGAGACAACAGCUUG